AUUCCCCAUGUGUGCUCGGGCUGUAAGCCGGCCGGGCUGAGCAGUGGCACGAAGACCCCUUGGCGGUAAGGUUCUGUCACCAGCUCCGCAGCCUUCUCCGCCUGUUGCUGCCCUCCUCUCUCGGCCUGUCCCCACAGCGCACAUCGCCAUGGGCAAGAGCCGGACGAAGCGCUUCAAGCGCCCUCAGUUCUCCCCUACAGGCGACUGUCAGGUCGAAGCUGCUACGGCGGCGAACGGGACAGGCGGCGAGGAGGACGACGGGCCGGAGGCGGAGUUGCUAGAAAAGCUCCAGCACCCGAGCGCCGAGGUCCGCGAGUGCGCCUGCGCGGGGCUGGCCCGGCUGGUGCAGCAGAGGCCGGCGCUCCUGGGCCUGGCGCGCCGCGAUGCGGUGCGCCGGCUCGGGCCGCUGCUGCUCGACCCCAGCCUGGCUGUCCGGGAGACGGCGGCCGGCGCGCUCAGAAAUCUGAGUGCUUGUGGAGGUUUUGAAGUUUGUGAUGACAUGGUGACUAAGGAUGUCAUGACUCCCCUGGUUGCACUGCUAAAAGAGUGUAGUUCUGGACUGGAUUCAAAUGAGACGUCGCCACAGGAGAAAAAAGAUCAGAACGGAAACUCUAUUGAGAACAUAGCCAAUGAGGCUGUGAACAUACUGUGGAAUAUAUGUGAAUGCAGUAGUAGAGCAGUAUCUAUAUUCAACAAAGAAGGGUGUUUGGAGAUUGUAUUAAAGUAUUUAAGUAGGUUUUCCACCAAUGUUGACCUGGCUAUUUCAGUAGGCACAGUUUGGAAUCUAAAGGACAUUAUUCCAUGCAAAAGUCAAGCAGAAAUCAUAAAUGCCAUACUAAAGAUCUUAUCUGAAGUUUUGGAAAUAGAUGCUGGUGAAAUAGUUAUUCAAAUGAAGGAGGCUGAAACUCAAAGGUUAAAAACCCUGGCAGAGACUGAGGCAAUAUUAGAGAAGGCUAACGGUGAUGAUUUGAUUGAAGAUGAUGAAAUGGAAGAAAUUCCUCAUAAGAGAAAAGUCAGAAGGAAAACUUUUGCUUCAGAUUUACUUCCACCCACUGACAAGGAACUGAGACAGACCGUAGCAUUGCUGACAGCUCAGCAGACUGCUCUGGAAAUCAUUGUCAACAUGUGCUACAGUGAAGAUCCCUCCGAUGAUGAAUGGGAAGAGCUUUCUAGCAGUGAUGAGAGCGAUACGUUUAUGGAGAAUUCCUUCAAUGAGUGCGCUGGGCAGCUGCUCUCGCCCCUGUGCCUCUCCCAUGAGAUUCACACUGCUCUCACCAACUACCUCAUCCCAAAGAAGAUUUUUGAGAAAACUGCCUUUCCAAACAGCAUUGCAGUCGACCUAUGUUCUAGAAACCCUACUUGGAAAACUUUGAUUAGAAAGCAACCUAGAGACCAGAACUGCUAUUGCGUCUCAGGUGCCAUAGGACAGGAAGCCAAGUGCCUGACUCCUGAUCAGCUGAUGACAUUAUGCAAAGCAGGCAUUCAUAGUAGUAAUGUUGGGGUUCGAGUGAACGUCGUUAGCAUUUUAGGGAUCACUGGCAGCAUCCUAGCCAAAGAAGAUGGUACACUUGAAACUCUUAAGAUACGUAAAGAAGGGCGAGGUAAAUACAGUACAGAUCAGCUGUGUGUUCUCGACAAUGUGAAGAUGAAUUUGAGAAGGUUUGUUGCUUAUCAAGAAACUGUUGAGAAAAGACUGACUUCUUGAACCAUCAAAAGAGCAAUCAAUUUUUUCCCAAAGUAUUUGAUGCUAAGAAUACUAAAGGAUUUCUUUGGACUGUAUACAUAUCUGAAAGUUAUUUUUAAAUGCUUGUAUUCUGUACAUCUAUUUGAAGUUCAUAAAAACUGUGUUCAUAAAAACAUCGUGCGCCCAGCACAUUUAACCACUGGAAACACAAAGGGUGGAAGGGUGAAAAUGCAAAGGAAUCUCAGGAGGUUCUUAACUAAUUCGAGAACAGCAAAAAAAACUUCAAAUAAUCAUGUUUUUCUUGAAUUUUGCCCCAAAAAAAGGAAAUCCAAAGCAUUGCUUGGAUGCUCUUUUAAGGUAGUAUCAUUUUAU